AUGCCAACUGAGGUCACAGAAUUGAGCCCCAUCCACGUCAUGCUGAUGUUGAUGAUGAUGGCAGUGCUGAGGGCUGUUCUUAAGGGUGCCAGUAAAUGUGCCUUUACAGUGCUGGCGGUCCUGGCGGCGACGGCGGCGGCGGCGGCGGCGGCGGCGGCAUCUGGCGUAAGGAUUAAGAUAUGGACACUUCGGUUCAGUUCAGUCCACUGUUAUUACGGGAACUAUAGGCGGGCGCCUUUUAACUCCCCAUUGGUUACUGAUCUUUGGAAAAAACACUAAUAAGUGGAAAAUUGAAAAAGAGAUUUGUUACAUGAUUGCAGACAGCUGCCAGCUAGAAAAGUGUAAUCAUUAACGGUUACUCACUAAGUGCAAGUAGUAUAUGAGUACAUAAGUUUGUUCCGGGUUAUGUGAGUGGAUGUGAGUCUGGUAGUUGGGAAGCUUGAUACGCGUCGAGUUUACACUUAAAGGAAUUCACACGGGAGGAGAUUACAAUGUCGGUAGGCAGGGAAUUCCAAGCUGCAACCACUCUGUCACUGAAAAAAAUCUUUCGUCCAUUGAUCCUUGCUUUCCCUGAGGGCAGUUCCAGGGGAUGGUCGCGCAAAGUGGAGGUGUUAGCUGGAGUGAAGUAAUCAGUGGGGUCUAAACAACGGUCUACGCCGUCGAUAAUGCGAAAUGUUAGUAUAGGAUCGCCACGUAGUUGCCUGUAGGAAAGCGGAAACAGAUUAAGAAUAGACAGUCUGGUUUCAUAGGGCAGUGCUCCCAGACCUUUUGUCAUUUUGGCCGCCCGUCUCUGGACCUUCCCCAAGACGGUAUAGGCCUUGGCAGUCCAAGGUCUCCACGCUUGUAUGGCGCAUUCUAGAUGAGACCGCACAAACGUGUCAAAUAUGUUGGAAAGGCAGUCAGGGACAAAUCCCAUAAAGGCUCGCCUGUUGAGUUGCGAUGUAGCCAUGGCCGACUUAGCCGUCUUCGCACAGUUCAGUGUUGGUUUGAGUGAAAAUGCAAUCCGCACACCCAAGUCCUUCUGACUGUCAACUUGUUGCAGGGGUGUGCCGUGAAGAAAGUAGAUCCUGGGGCUGUAGGUUCUGCAGACGCCGAGUUGAAGGAAGUUACACUUGCUUACAUUGAAGGGCAUAAGCCAACGCUUCGACCAGUCCCCGAGCCUGCUCAGGUUUGCUUGCAGGUGGUCUGCGUCUGCCGCCUUGUGAAUAACUUUCCACAAUUUUAUGUCGCUAGCAAACAGGUUGGCAUCACGGCCUAGAUCCUCGACGCAGUCAUUUAUGAAAACCAGAAAUACCAUGAGGCCUAAGACUGAGCCAUGUGGGACGCCACUCACCACGCUUAACUCUGAGGACUGGUGGCGCCCGACCUGCACUCUUUUGGACCAUCCAGCCAAAAGCUCUGGAUCCAUACAAGAAUGCUUCCACGAAUUCCUGUGUUGCUCAGUUUGUGGAAGGGACAUUGAUUAGAAACGCUAUCGAAUGCCUCUUUGAAGUCGAUGUAGAUAGCGUGCACAACAUUGCCUUCGUCGCGUGCUUUGGUUCAGAGUGAGAAGAGAAAAUUCGUGAGACAGGACCUCCCACUUCGAAAGCCGUGUUGGGCAACGGAGAGGAGGUGGUGCUGCUCGAGGAACCGCAUCAAGGCUUUCUUAAUGAUGUUCUCGAUGAUUUUGCAACAUAUGGAGGUAAGACUCACUGGCCUGUAGUUAUUCGCUGACGCACGACUUCCACGCUUAAGAAGCGGAGUGAUGGUGGUGGACUUUCAAUCAGAGGGCAGGCACCUAGUAACAAAUGAUGUUUGGAAGAUCCACGUCAACGGUUUGGAUAUUUCGGGAGCCAGCUCCUUUAGCACUGAUGAAAAUUCUGUUAGUCUUGGUUGCUCGAAGGCAAUGCUCUUGAGCAGGUUUAAGAGAACGAUGCGGAUAGUCGCGACGACGAUAUUCCGGUUUGGCAUAGGCUGAUCGAUGCCAAGGAUGCAAACGCAGACGGUUGUUUCGCUGUCGCUAACGUUCGUCGUUGGGCCUUGGUUAUCCUUAUGACGAGAGUGUUGUUUCUCCAACCUGAGCCUCAAAUUCUUGUUCUUAUGCCUCCCUCCAGCUCGACAUGAUAGACUGCUCAACUAAUGAGAGGGAUGAGAAUGUUGGCGGAUAUGAUGACAUCGUUGAGUUUCUUGGUGAUAGUAGUAAUGAAUCUGAGAAUGAUACCUUUGGCAGUAUUCUUGAUGCAAGUGGGGGUGAGGAUUUGAGUACUGAGGCCGUUGGUAUUGGAGAAGGUGAGACUAUGAACAACGAGAUAGUGACGGUGCCAUUGUUUGCUGUUGGUAGCGGCGGCAGCGAUUAUGAUGAUGACGGUGUAUAUGAGGAUGUUAAUGUGGUGGAGGGGUGCUUAUGUGAUUUUUCGUCAGUAAGGACAUCGGUGUUGGUUGUUUUCGGUCUGAGUUUUGAUUUAUAUUCUCUGCACUGUUAUCUUUGAAAGGAUGUCUUUACUGGAAAGUUUGAAUAUACCAACACUCGGUGGUGAUAAAGCGAAUAAUGGGCCUGAGGACGACCUCGACUGUCGCGAUGGCGGCAUAUUUGAUGGGCGUGGCGGCGGCAGCCGUGCUGAUGGAAGCUAUGGCCCACAACGUCAUCGUGGUGAUACCAUCUCUGGGAAUCGUGAUUUGAUCGAUAAUAGUCUUGACAGAAAUGAGGAUUUUGACGGGUUAAUGCUGUCAGUAUUAGUUCUUAAAUUUUGCUCAAAACACUUGAUUGGCGGUGGGGAAGAUCGUGGGUAGGGUAAGCGAUGUGCUUUUAGUGGCUCCGACGAUAUUGUUAAUGGUGCUAAUGUAAUUGGUGACGAGAUUGUCCUGUCCACGUCGGGGCAACGGACCACUACUACUACUACUACUACUACUACUACUACUACUACUACUACUACUACUACUACUACUACUACUACUACUACUACUACUACUACUACUACUACUACUACUACUACUACUACUACUGCUGCUACUACUACUACUACUACUACUACUACUACUACUACUACUACUACUUCUACUACCACUAG